AUGCAGUCGUUUAUCACAUCAAUUACGGUCCUUGCCCUUUGGAAUCUUCAACUGUCAGUGGGCUAUGCAGCACGACAGCCAUAUGAUGUACGAAAGAUCAUUGACGCUUUUCGUCAUCGGCAUGACGAUCUGACCAUUCUGUGUGCCCACAGAGGGCUGAGGUGGAACGGCACGACAGAGAACUCUCGGGAUGCCUACUUCCGGGCCUCGGAGGCUGGAUUAGAAUGUAUCGAGACAGACAUACAUCUUUCUCAGGAUGGUUAUUUGUCGAUGAUUCACGACAGCGGCUUAGGGCGCACCACAGAUGUUGGCGAACAGACUCAGCAGCCAGCUUACAACCCGUUUACGGGCAAGGGGUAUAAUCCGCUAGUCAUACAAAGCAGUUUCAAAGGCUUUAUCGAAAACCUGCACCUUCGAGACGAGCUGGGAAGAGUACACAUUGAGACCGUCCCGACGUUGCCGGACAUGGUCCAUAGCAUAUAUGAAACGGGUGUCAAUAUUGUGCUCCAGCUCGAUUUCAAGGACAAGGCUGCGGUAGAGCCGGCCUACUGGGCGUUGAAGAACCUCAGCAACCGAGCUGGUGUGCCUGCGAACGAGUGGUGUAUCUACAAGUUGCAAGCCAAGUGGUGGAAGAGCCCUGCGGAGUUCGAAGCAUUAGACUGGGUCAAGGAUGCCUUUGCCUCCGGCGUUCAGCUUGCCUACAUUCCCGUCUACAAUCCCGAAGACGAGACAUCGUGGAAUACUCUCGAGUCUCUCAUGGAAUGGGCCAAGACCAAUUAUACAAUCAGCGCCGAAUUCGAGAUGUAUUCCACGGGUGCACCAUUGCAAAAUCUGCAAGACUACGUUUUAUAUAACACCACAGCGACUGACUCAUUCAGUACAUCUGGAAUCUUCUAUGCACCUGGAGACUUCGUCGACUUCAUUACCUCAAAUCUUACGCGAUUCGACACAGCAAACUACAGCAUCCCGGCAGAUAUUCGAAAAAACAACUCUGCAUAUAAAUUUCGGGAAAACAUGGCUCCUGCGCUUUACGACUCGGUAGUUGGGAACAAGUCAUUGGAUGGCCAUGAUCACCGAAGCGACUUUGACUGGAUUAUGAAGCAGGGCUUCCAGUGGGUCAUCACUGACACUGCAGACUUUUGGGACGCGCAGUUGCGAGCUGAAGGGCGUCGCAAUAUCAGCUAUAUGUUGGCUGGCAAAGAAGUCGAUGGCGUUUCGAACGGUUGGUACCGACGACAUACUCGGGAUUUUACCGGGGCGUAA